AGAUGUAAGAUUCACUAGUUCACUAGAGAAACGAUGUAUUAUCCGAAACUAACAACUCUAGCGACGUCCAAAGAAUGAAAUAGUUAACCUGAAAAAAAAUGGGAAGUUGAGUUUAAUAUCCGAGAUAAGAAAUAUUCCACAAUUUAUUAUUUUACUUAUCGCCCAAAUGAUUGUGUGAGACUAGUUUUUACCCAAAGCUACGGUAAGAAAAACGUUUUCAGUGCUGUCUUUUCUUUGAGUGAAUUGUUUGUCAACAGGAAUAGAAGAGGAAUAAAGACAUAUACGAGGUGCUGAGAGCACAAUUGAUGGGAGAGAUAAGAUAAGCGAAAAAAUCUUACACGUCUAUACAUUCAACAGACUAAUGUUUAGAGCCAGUUUUCGUUGACAGUUCUAAUAACAACGGUCGCAGCAGAGAAAAAACACAAAAAAAAUGGAGUUGUUAACGACAAAAAAUAAACUACUGAUGUCUCUGGUUAUGGACAACCUCAGCUUCACCAUGAUGAUAGUGAUGUUUUUUCCAUACAUAAAUGGACUGGGAGGCAGUCAGCUGUACCUGGGUUCUAUAAUGUCGGUGAUGUCUCUGAUUGGACUCCUGUGGAAUCCCAUGGUCGGAAGUUUGGGAGAUACGUACGGCAGGAAAAUCCUCCUGAUACGGAUGUCAGCUGUCAGUGCCUUCUCCUAUUUCCUACUUUUGGUCAGCAACUCUCUUCCCUUGAUUUUCAUAGCCAGACUGAUAGCAGCUUUCGGAGGACCUCUGAUGCCCAUAUUAGGCACAGCAGCCAGUGAAUUCCUCAGCAAAGAAGAACAAACCUCCUACUUCGGAAAACUGCCCGCCAUAAUGUCCGUCGCUUUCAUCGGAGGUUCCUUGGUCGGAGGUUUCAUCAGCGAGCUACCGAACGGAUUCGGUCUCUGUUUCCUGAUGAUGACCGCCUUCAGCCUGAUGAACGUCGGUAUCGCCUACACACUGCCCGACUCCACCAAGCCCAAGAAGAAGGAGGAGGAGUCCCUGCCGAUGCUCAAGAUCGCCGACAGGGAGGUGAGGAACAUCGCGACCAAGCUGCGCAGCGUCAAAUGGGCCGAAUAUUCGGACAUCUUCUCCGUCAAGUUGAGCUUCGAGCUGGGCUGCGCCCUGUUCUUCCGUUCCAUCGGCCCCACCUUCGUCGCGUACGGCGUGAAGCCCAGGUCCAUGGGCUACGUGUUCACGCUGCUGAGCGCCUGCACCAUCGUGGCCAACAUCGUCGUCGAGAGGCUGAAGAAGACCGUCUACGCCGGCGACAGCCUCGGCAGCAAGAGACUGUUCCACGCAGCAGCCCUCUACGUCCUGACCGCGUUCGCGAUGGGCUUCGCCGACAACCUGUACAUCUUCUCGGCCGGUCUGCUGCCCAUGGCGGUGGCCAACACGAUAGCCGGCAGCACCUUCACCGAGGCGCUGAUGGCCAAGGCUUCGGACGCGGACAGGGGCGGAGUCAACGGGGCCUUCGAGAGCAUCACGUCCUUCUGCGGCCUGACCACGCCGCUGGCGGCCGGCUUUCUAUCGGACCUGUACGGCAACGGGUUCGUCAUCAAGAUGUCCAUCUUGCCGACGUCGCUCGGACUGUGGCUGACCUACAAGGCAUUGUGAGAUCGGAACCGUCUGUGAUAAAUAGGGAAUCAUUCGAUUUUAUACGCCGUUAUCGCGCCCAACACCUUUCAGGACGAACGUUUAUGUGAACUGGUAGUUCGAAUGAAUCGGUAGUUCAUACGAACCAGUAGUUCAAAUGGAUCGGUAGUUCAUACGAACCAGUAGUUCAAAUGGGUCGGCAGUUCAUACGAACCAGUAGUUCGAUUGAAUCGGUAGUUCGGGUGAACUGGUAGUUCAAAUGAUCUCCUAGUUCGAAUGUUCACCACCGGCAGAAGAUCUAUAGCCACACGGCGAAAGUUUAUGUAUUGUUUAGUUCUAAUUAUAUGUUAUGUUUGUUGUUACAAAAGGAUGUAUUAGAAUAAACAAUAACACAAUCCUGAAAAA